UGUGAUCAACUCAAAGGAUAUACACUCUUACUGCGUCUCACGGCCGCCCAUACGCCCGCCUCCCCAGGAAUGUGGAAUGCACCUGAACUGGAUCUGGCACCAGGCGGUGUUGAGCUCCCCGAGCCACCUGUUCCGGGACGGGCCCGUGAAGAGUCUCUAUCCAUUCACUUUCCCUCCAGUCGCUGCCAGCUCGACAGCCGCUUAUCUAACCGACAGCCGCCCCGUCGACACCGGAAUGGACGAGUGCUGCCUGCCGGCGGAGAGCCGCGAGAGACUCAUGGUGCACAAAGAGAUAGAGAAACAGCUCCGUCGGGAUAAACAAGAGUCACACCGGGAGCUGAAGUUGCUGCUUUUAGGGACGGGUGAAAGUGGGAAGAGCACUUUCAUCAAACAGAUGAGGAUCAUCCACGGCAGCGGCUACAGCGACGCGGACAGGAAAGGUUUCACUCGGCUCGUGUUCCAGAACAUCGUCAACGCCAUCCAGGCGCUCAUCCGCGCCAUGCAGACUCUCGAGAUCGACUACAUCGACGACAAGAACAUUAGCCACGCACAGAAGCUGAGCCAGGUGGAGGCUGACCAGGUGUCCAAUCUGGAGGCCUGGCAGGUGGACGGCAUUCGUCAAGUGUGGCGUGACCGCGGUGUUCAAAGGUGCUACGACCGCAGGAGGGAAUUCCAGUUUUCCGACUCUGCCAAAUAUUACCUUGAAGACUUGGAAAGAAUCACAGCCCCGUUAUACAUCCCCAAUCUGCAGGACAUCUUGAGGGUCCGGGUCCCCACCACAGGCAUCAUGGAGUACCCCUUUGACCUCUCAAAAGUCAUCUUCAGGAUGGUGGACGUGGGCGGCCAGCGUUCAGAGAGGAGGAAGUGGAUCCACUGUUUUGAGAAUGUCACUUCCAUCAUAUUUCUGGCGGCCCUCAGCGAGUACGACCAAGUCCUUUACGAGAGCGAGAGUGAUAACCGACUGAGAGAGAGCCUGGCCUUGUUCAAGACCAUCCUCUCGUACUCGUGGUUCCAAGAGUCCUCCACCAUCCUCUUCCUCAACAAAACGGACUUACUACAGGAGAAAAUCUCACGCUCUCAUUUGGCAACAUACUUCCCGGCAUUUACUGGGCCUCAGCGUGAUGUCAUUGCCGCACAAAAAUUCAUCUUGCAGAUGUACGUGGAGAGGCACAGCGGGCAUCCCAAGACCCUUUACAAACACUACACCUGUGCCACGGACACCAAGAGCAUCCGCGUGGUCUUCAGGGCCGUCAAAGAUACUCUCUUCAUGGACAACCUGGAAGGGUUCAACCUGCAAUGAAAACGGCGGUUUCCCCCUCGGGAGCCGGUCGAACACUUUUAUGGAAGUUUUUUAAAAUAAUCUUUUAUUGCUACAGGAAACGGACUGCAAAGUCAGCUCAUUGUUGUCCUGAACUAUUAUCAGGGAGUUCCAUUUCAUCCCCGUGCGCUUUGAUCGUCAUCGGUUAGAAUAUCAAACUGGUUCGACCACGUCGACUGGAGGAAGUGGAGGAAGAGCCUGCGGGGAACCAGUGACUUACUUUUACGGCAACAACAACAACAACAACAACCAUGUAGCCUGUACAAUUAAUAUGUAUUUACUUUUACUUUUAAACUAUAGAUAUUGAUUUGUGUAUUCAGAUGAAGCGGAUUCGGCACCGUUCAUGAUCUACCGUGUCACUUUUUUUUAUUGACAUUAAAACAUGUGCGUGGGAAAAAGGAAAAAAAAA